GAAGCUUUUUAGGUAAGAAAGGUGUCCUCUUUAUUCAACUCACUAGUCACCGACGAAAGGUCAAUACUUCCUAUGGGGGAACCAUCAUCUUUGUCACCAAAGAAUUAGAAAUUUGAUAAAGGAAAUUAAUGAGGAAGCAGUAUCUGAAAUCUGGGUCUGGGACAAGGAAGGAGAAGGACAAGAAGAAGAGAUGGUUCUUGGAUAACGGAAGCAUCUUCUUAAGAGAACUUAUCGCUGAUUGUAACGGUAAAUCCAUUCCUAUUCGCAGCUUUUCUCCUGAUCAGAUCUUGAAAGCCACCAACAAUUUCGAUUCAAGUUGUUUCGUCUCGCAAGAUGUAUACUAUAAGUGGUAUAGAGGUCAAAUCGAAGAUAGGCCUUACAUGAUCAAGAGAUUCGCCGAGGAUGAAAUUACAGGACACAGAGUUGAAGAGGUUUAUAAUGAUAUUGUCUUGUCUGCUCGGAUGAGCAAUCACAGCAACUUUCUUAAGCUGUUAGGAUGUUGUCUCGAGUUUCCUUUUCCGGUUCUUGUGUUUGAAUUUGCAGAACAUGGAGUUUUGAAUCAGCGAGGAGGUAUUGUGGUUAAUGGUGAAGAAUGUUUAUUGCCAUUGAGUUUGCGGUUAAAGAUUGGGAAAGAGAUUGCCAAUGCUGUGACUUAUCUUCACAUGGCCUUCCCUAAGAUCAUCAUACAUAGAGAUGUUAAACCGAUGCACGUCUUCUUGGACAAGAACUGGACAGCAAAGUUUUCUGAUUUAUCUUUCUCAAUAUCUCUCCCUGAGGGCAAAUCAAGAAUAGAAGUUGAAUGGAUCCUGGGAACAGCUGGGUACCUCGAUCCGUUGUAUUAUGCCACCAGUUUUGUGACCGAAUAUACGGAUGUCUACAGCUUCGGGGUCUUUUUGCUGGUUAUUCUCACUGGCAAACCGGUUGUCUUCACUGGAUCUGAUGGAGAUCCCCAAGGUGUUCUUAGCUAUGUGAGACGUUUAUUUGAGGAUGGGAAGCUUGAUGAAGUAAUAGAUCCAAUGUUAAUGAAGGAUAUCUCAAGUGGUCAAAGGUUGCAAGUGGAAGAAUGUGUGGUGUUUGCUUUGAGAUGUUGCGAGGAGAGAGAUGAAGACAGACCAAAGAUGAUCCAAGUAGCUAAAGAACUCAAGCGGAUUGAAACAUCACUGAGAAAUUCUAGCUAGAGAUCCUCUAGGAACUUGAUGAGAUAUACUUUGAGAUAUCCUCAUAGAGAUGGCAUCACAAGAACAUGGCUGAAGAAGAUGGAAGUAUUAUUGGUGUCCAAAAGAAGAGCUAGUUUAAGUUACUUGAAAUAUGUAUAGCUAAGUAAAAUGUCCUUGGAUUAUGUAGUGUAGAAAUUCAAGAGUCUCCGAUUCAAAAGUUAUCUUGGAAGAAAUCUCGAAAAUGAGAAGAUCCUUACAACUUUUUACUACUAAAAACUGUAUAAGAAAUAGUUUUGUUUCGAGUCUCA